AGGUGCGCUGCGCUUAGAUCCUAUUAGGAAAAGAAAAAAAACCAACAUAUAUAAAGAUGAUAUUGUUUCGUAAAUUCAGAGUGCUGAUCCUCAUGGUGUUUUUGGUCGCGUGCACCAUGCACAUCAUGAUAGACUUGUUACCGAAACUAGAAAAGCGGGCGGCGGGAGCGGACGGCGGGGACGGCGGCUGUCAGUGCGCUCAGCACCCGGGCGUGGAGUCGCAGGGCUGGGGGAAGCAACGCGCCAUGUCCGCGGCCGAAGCGGGCUGGCCUAACAAACACACGCUGAGAAUCCUGCAGGAUUUCAGCAACGAGCCGAGCUCCAACCUCACGUCGCACUCCCUGGAAAAGAUCACGGCAGCCGGGGACCGAGCGGAGUCCUUCAGGCGGAUGAGACCGUCGGCGGGGAAGGCGGAGGACCACAAGCUGCUGAUCGGAGACGCGAGCGGGGGUCGGACCGUGCCUGCCCGCGGUGUGUCCCGCCUGGCUGCUCUGUUUGAGCAUCCUUUCUACAAGGUCGACCUGCCUCCCCUCAAAAACGAUGACACUUUGUUCAACGUCAACACUGACAUCAGGUUUUAUCCCAAAGCAACGGGGAACCAAGGAUGGCACAAUGAGGAGGGGAACGAAGAGGAGGAGGAGUUCUCUCCAACGGGAGAGGUGAUGGCAGAAUCUUACCCCAACUGGUUACGUUUUCACAUCGGCAUCAACCGCUAUGAGUUGUACUCCAGACACAGUCUUGUUCUGGACGCCCUCCUGAAGGACCUGGUCACACAGAGGAUUACCAGCGUCGCCAUGAAAUCAGGAGGCACCCAGCUGAAGUUGAUCAUGACUUUCCAGAACUAUGGACAAGCUCUGUUCAAGCCCAUGAAGCAGACUCGGGAGCAGGAAACCCCUCCAGACUUCUUCUACUUCUCCGACUUUGAGAGGCACAACGCUGAGAUUGCUGCUUUUCACUUGGACAGGAUCCUUGACUUCCGGCGAGUGCCCCCAGUGGCUGGGCGACUUGUCAACAUGACAAGGGAGAUCAGGGAUGUGACGCGUGACAAGAAGCUGUGGAGGACCUUCUUCAUCUCACCAGCCAAUAACAUCUGCUUCUACGGUGAGUGCUCGUACUACUGCUCCACUGAGCAUGCUCUGUGCGGAAAACCGGACCAGAUCGAAGGCUCGCUGGCAGCCUUCCUGCCGGACCUGAACCUGGCCAAACGCAAGACAUGGAGAAACCCCUGGAGACGCUCCUACCACAAACGCAAGAAAGCCGAGUGGGAGGUGGACCCAGAUUACUGUGACGAGGUUAAGCAGACUCCUCCGUAUGACCGAGGCACUCGACUGCUGGAUGUCAUGGAUAUGACCAUCUUUGACUUCUUGAUGGGUAACAUGGAUCGACACCAUUAUGAAACUUUUGAGAAAUUUGGAAAUGACACCUUCAUUAUUCACCUAGACAAUGGAAGAGGUUUUGGAAAACACUCCCAUGAUGAGCUUUCCAUCUUGGUGCCUCUCAGCCAGUGCUGCAGGGUGAGGAAAUCUUCUUACCUGCGUCUCCAGCUGCUGGCCAAAGAGGAGUACCAGCUGAGCUCCCUGAUGGGGGAGUCCCUGCUCCGUGACCGACUGUCCCCGAUCCUCAUCCAGCGUCACCUCCAUGCCUUGGACCGCAGGCUCCGGCUGGUGCUGCAGGUCCUGGCAGGCUGCAUAGAGAAAGAAGGUUAUGUUAAUGUUGUGGAGGAAGAUCUAGGCGGGGACACAGCCACCCACAGGAGCCCAGGCCACAGGUAGUGAGGGCGAGACUCUGAGGGGACAGAAACCACCAUUGACACAUGAACAAUGGACCACGUCGGUGGCUGCUCGACCAAUGGGAUUGCACCAAAAGUCCCGCCUCUGAUAUCAAGCUGAAUUCAGUGAAUUCCAAGACUUGCCAUCAUUGCCUCUCUGGUAACUGCUUUCAAGUGUGUUUAAAAAAGAAGGAAGGGACCACAGAUGCCAUGAAAGACUGUGCUCACACAGAGGCUUUGUAUUUGUUAGAUACAGAUGUAUUUUUGUUGUAUGGGACAGAAAGGAACCACUGCUGUGUUCAGAUUUUAUCCUGUUUGUUUUGAAAAUGGAGGGUAUCAGUUUGUUUUAUGUGUUUUAUAAUAUUAUUGCAUAACCAAAUGAGAACGUACUCUGACUUGGGCAGCAUAUGGUCAGUAAAAAAAGCUUUAUCAGUUAUUACGAUGGAUGAAAAGGUUGAGAAAAAGUGUGGAAGGUUUUUUAUUUUCUCUUUGUAAAACAUGUCAGGCCUGGGACAAACCAACUUCAACCAGGAGAAUAAGAGUUUCCAAACAGUGUAUCCUCUUUAUCUAUAUUCAUAAGCAUUUUUGUCUUGGCACACACUCGGAACAGACCGAUUGAAAAUCACAUACUUCUGAACAGCAUAAAUCUGAGUGCAAGUAUAUUUGACACUGUAGUUCAGACAGUACGUUCACUUUGCCUUAUUCUGAUAUUGUAUCUCUCUUUUUUACUUUCCCAUCUUCUCUGCAAGUCUAGCUUGCGCAACAUGCAGUACAACAGCACUACAUUAUAAUAGUAUUUUCCGAACCAAAAAUAAUGCAAAGAGACCAGUGCUCAUUCAUUAAAUGGUAAUUUCCAUCAAAUUCAAAUUUUUCUUACACGAAGACCUGAAACAUCUGGAGUUGUCUGUUAUGAUAUCAUUUUACAAUGAAUGCAUUACAAAAUGUUACAGUUUGUAUGUUACAGUUGUUAUGAUAUUUCAUGUUCAA